CUCUCGCGGAACGUUAUCUGCCCUGCAAAGUAUGACGGAAUGCAGCAAACCUAUCUCUCGCCGGUCUGCGGCUCGCCUCCACUGCUUCUUUGCGCCAUGCCAUGCCAUGCUAUGCCAUCCGCCCUCCGCUCUGCCCUGCCACUCGAGUGAAUGCGCAGGGCCCAGGCCCGGGCAGCUACCUUCAUCCCCACUUGCCCCCUCCUGGCUGUUUUCCCCCGGAUUCUCUGGCCAAAAAACCGCUAUUCCUGCGGGCCGCCUGUUUAUCUUACAUGCACGGCUUCAAAGAGGCUACAGGAGCGAAGUCGGUGGGUGUGCGAGAUGCCGCUUACCUGCUUCUGCUUGGCCGAUUCUUUCUUUCCCAACUCAAACUACACGUGUAUAACCAAUCCUCGAUUUUGCCCCUCCCCAUUGGCCGGUGGAGUCGCGCAGUCCCGUGGCCAUCCUAAGGCAGUAUUAAGCCAACAACAACCUGGAAGAAAGGCAAAGACGAAUCCCACCUGGUGUUUUAUCUGGCACUUGUCUACGGUACCUCAGGUAUGUACUGUACAUGCCUUACCAAAGGCAGAUGCUCGGGUGUCACCCUCCGAUCCAUCCAUAUCGUUUAUCAGUUCCCCUGUCCCGACAUACCAGCACAAGAAUACGCCAUCCGCCAUCCGCCGCCCGCGAUCCGCAUCGAUAGCUGCUGCCCUUGGCCUUGGCUUGGUGAAACAGCCCCAGCUGCCUAUCCGUCAGGGUUCACGAUCAAAUUGGGCAGCAGAUCUGACCGAGUCUUGGAGACGUGUACCUACCUACUACUUUACCAACCUUGCCAGCCCGUGUAAUCCGAUCGGCCCUGGCCACAGACGAGCCCUGCUCUUUCUCACCGCCGUCGCCUUGCGCUGUGUUCCCGUUUAAUAUCUCGCCGUCCCUGUGCCAUUUGCUGGUUGCAUGUCCCAGUUCCUUCCUGCAGAGGCUACGCUGCCACUCCAAAAUCAGUCCACUUUAGGUUCCCAGGCUUGCAGGCCCAAGGCCUCAGCACCUCCUCGAGCUCU